CGUCGGUCGUUACCGUGGCAGCUGCACGCGAGGGCGCCGUGUGACGUCAAGACGCCGUGCGUGUUGGGUCGGUUGCUGGAAGGUUCGGACGGAGGCGCUCGGAGAGACGAGGCGGAAAGAUGAUGUCCACACCGGUUAUCCUCCUCAAGGAGGGGACUGACACUUCCCAAGGAACUCCACAGCUUGUCAGUAACAUUAAUGCCUGCCAGGUUAUCUCUGAGGCCGUUCGUACCACACUGGGGCCACGUGGGAUGGACAAGCUCAUCGUGGAUGACAGAGGGAAAGCUACUGUUUCAAAUGAUGGAGCCACCAUCUUGAAGCUUCUCGAUGUUGUUCAUCCAGCUGCAAAAACCCUUGUGGACAUCGCAAAAUCACAAGAUGCUGAGGUGGGUGAUGGAACCACUUCCGUUACUUUACUUGCUGCUGAAUUCCUGAGACAGAUCAAAUCCUAUGUGGAAGAGGGACUUCAUCCCCAGAUUAUCAUCCGAUCCUUCCGUAAGGCCACGCAGCUGGCCUUGGAAAAAAUCAAAGCCAUUGCUGUAACUGUGAAGAGAGAUGACAAAGAACAUCAGAGAGAGCUUUUAGAGAAAUGCGCUGCUACUGCCCUCAGCUCCAAACUGAUUGCUCUUCAGAAAGGUUUCUUCUCCAAGAUGGUGGUGGAUGCAGUCAUGAUGCUGGAUGUCCUUCUCCCACUGAAAAUGAUUGGGAUAAAGAAAGUUCAAGGAGGAGGUCUGGAGGAAUCUCAGCUGAUUGCUGGUGUUGCCUUCAAGAAAACGUUCUCUUAUGCUGGGUUUGAAAUGCAGCCCAAGAAGUAUGAAAAACCUAAAAUCGCACUGCUGAAUGUGGAGUUGGAGCUCAAAGCUGAGAAGGAUAAUGCAGAGGUUCGGGUGAACAGUGUUGAGGACUAUCAGGCCAUUGUUGAUGCAGAGUGGAAUAUCCUUUAUGACAAGCUUGAGAAAAUCCACCUGUCCGGGGCCAAGGUUGUCUUGUCUAAACUUCCAAUUGGGGAUGUGGCAACACAGUAUUUUGCAGACAGGGACUUGUUCUGCGCAGGCAGAGUCCCAGAGGAGGAUCUCAAGCGAACUAUGAUGGCCUGUGGUGGUUCCAUUCAGACUAGCGUUAAUUCCUUGACAGACGAUGUGUUGGGACAAUGUGCACUUUUUGAGGAAGCCCAGGUUGGAAGUGAAAGAUACAACUUCUUCACCGGGUGCCCCAAGGCCAAGACCUGUACGAUUAUUCUUCGAGGAGGUUCUGAGCAGUUUAUGGAAGAGACUGAGCGUUCCCUUCAUGACGCAAUAAUGAUCGUUCGGCGGGCCAUCAAGAAUGACUCUGUUGUUGCUGGGGGAGGUGCUAUCGAGAUGGAAAUCUCCAAGUACCUGCGAGAUUAUUCCAGAACCAUCCCUGGCAAACAGCAGCUACUAAUUGGGGCAUAUGCCAAGGCCCUGGAGGUGAUCCCACGACAACUGUGCGACAAUGCUGGUUUCGAUGCCACGAACAUACUCAACAAGCUGCGUGCCAAGCACGCUCAGGGUGGAGUGUGGUAUGGAGUUGACGUGAACAAUGAAGACAUUGCAGAUAAUUUUGAGGCCUGUGUCUGGGAGCCCUCUGUAGUGCGGAUCAAUGCACUCACUGCUGCCUCAGAAGCAGCCUGCCUGAUCCUGUCCGUCGAUGAGACCAUCAAGAACCCACGCUCCACUGUGGAUUCCCCUGCCCUGCCAAAGGGUCGAGGCAGAGGCAGACCACAUGCUCACUGAGGCAGCCUGGCGAGUGGUUGCUGCUUGGUCUGAUCUGGUACCAGCCUCUUACCUUUCAGCUGCAGUGCAUUGUAACUACCCGUGAAGCUGCAGAGUGCAGGCCUCUAACACCCUGUGUAUGUCCCUGUACUGCGAGCACCUUGCUCACAUUGUUACCUCCAGGUUCAGACCUAGGAACAGCGGCAUUCAGCUCUAUUUAUUAUUUUCAUCAUUUUUAUUGUUGGACAAAAAUAUGUCUGUGAAAAAUAAAGUUCCAGUUAAUGGGUA